AUGGUGUCAUCGAAGACUUCUUUCUAUAUGCCUUGUCUGUUUAUGCAGAAGGAGGAUGAGGGGGGCCUUGACGGGCAUACAGAGGCCCCAGAGCCCCAACAUUCUACCAGAAAACGGAGUUCAAUAUUAAAAUUCCGCCGCGAUAACCGGGGGGGUGAUGGCAAAGACAGUAAUAUUGAGCAGAGGGAUAACGCACCCCAUGACCUCGUAUCUCUAUCAACACCUCCAGGCGUUUCAACGAAACAAAUGCAAGGGAUAUUCUGGCAGUGGAAAAAUCCUGGAGAUGGUGUCACUGUUUAUGUUAUGGACACUGGCUGUGAUUCAAGGCAUCCAGAAUUCAAAAAUACCAAAUUCCAGGAUUGGAUAUUUCCGGGGCCCGAGACUUUAGAAGAACCGAGGGAUGAUAGCGACCUCCCAGAGUCCAACGACUUUCAUGGGACUCCGGUGACCGCAAAAAUUGUUGGCGAGAAGACUGGGGUAGCGCAAAAUGCAACUGUGGUUGUGGCCAAUAUCAUUGCGGGCAAUGCACGGCAAGGCUUUGGCCACGACCUUUAUAAAGCACAUGAUUGUCUACUAAAGAUAUACGACCAUGUCAAAAAAAAUAAUCCUGGUGGAAUCGCCAAAUGUGUGAUUAAUAUUAGCUAUGGCUGGAUACCACUCGAUCAUCUAAAGUCUAUAGAUGCCAGAUGGGCCGCAGCAAUUGAACUACACUCGAGAUACAUAUUUUCUGAAUUAGUAAACCUAGGGUGUUACUUUGUUAUGGCUAGUGGAAAUUCUGGAAAGGAAGUCACAACUGAUCUGAUAUUCGCCCACGCCGCAGACCCAAAGUUAAUGGGUAAUAUAGUUGUAGUGGGAGGGCAUGAUUUCGACCUUCGAAAUGUAUAUGACUACGGUGGCAUCGUCACAAUUUCAGCUGAAGCUAGGAAUCUGAUUGUAGCCCGAGGGUACUCGAUGUCCAUGACACCAAGUUACGGCGAGGGCUGGGAUAGUAGUAGUACGUGGAAGGUUGGGCACGGGACAUCAUUUGCAAGCCCCGUCGUAGCCGGACUCCUGGCAACCUUUCUCUCGUUUGGACUCGGCGACCCAGUUAGGCUCCUUCACACCUUCGCAAAAAAAUCGCCUUACCCCAGUCAAGCAAAGAUUGCUUUUAAUGGUAUAUACGCAGAUCAAUGGCCAAAAUCUCUUCGCCCUGAGGGUUAUACCCGCAAUCCUAAAAAUCCUUGA